CCACUUACAAGUUACAACACACAUCCUCUCCAAGACAAUAUGCACACCCUUUCCCUCCUGGCCCUUGGGGCUUUCGGCCCUUUGGCGGCCUCGGCGGCCGAGUGCACUCGCGAAUUCCUCCAGACCAGCGCCGACAGCCUGGUGGCGGCACAAACGGCGGGCGACCCCAGCCUGCUCACGCCCGUCUCGGAGGCUCUCGACUACCGUGAGAACUUCGCCGAGGCAGAUUUCCAAGCCGGCAUCCUGACCACGGCCAUCACGAUCGACCACAGCCGGCACAGCCUCGACACGACGCAGUGCGCCACCUACACAGAACUCAUCUCGGCCACAGGCGCCGAGCCGUACGUGCUGGGCGUGCAGAUGUACUUCACCGACAACGCCGUCUCCAAGAUCGACACGCUCAUCACCACGACGGGCGACUGGCUGUUCAACGCCACCGGCACCCUGCACUGGGCCAGCCAGGAGGAGUGGGCCACCAUCCCCGAGGAGGCCCGCGACUCGCGCGAGGUCAUCCAGGCCGCCGCCGACGCCUAUUGCGACAUCUUCAGCGACAAGUCCGUCGAGGUCCCCUGGGGCUACCCCUGCGCCCGCCUCGAGGGCGGCGCCUACACCGGCAACGGCGGGCCCGAUGAUAAGUGUGACGUCGGCAUUCCCAGCGGUGUGGCGCUUACCGACCGGCGCUAUGUCAUUGAUGAGACUGUUGGUGCGGUUUCGGUGUUUUUGAGCUUUGCCACUAUCCCGGAUAGUCACGAGUUCCGUGUUGAGAAUGGAAAGCUGCGCUUUGUUCAUACUCUGACUGUCAUGAGUGCGAGGGGUAACGGUAAGAGUGCGGGUAGGCGCAGGGGCAGGGGGAUCAUGAGUCCUCCAUCGAAGUGAGGAACCAGGGGGGCCGGAGUGAUACAAGCCACAACCGGCUUAUAUCGCUCGGUUGGUUGGAGAGAUAGCUGUAUGCAGGUAAAUACAGGGAUUACACAGAGAUAUACACAUGAGACUUGAAAAGAAUGCAGC